AUGUGUCAAACAACAGACAACUCAUCAUCCCCAGAGCGGGCAACACUGAGUGCCGCCGCCAGAGCCCAGGUGCCAAAUCACCCUGCCGCCCAGGAAGCCCUCCGAAUCGCUCUCAACUCCCUCUCGCCGUCCCUCUUCAACCACAGCCUCCGUCUGUACAUCUAUGCCCAAGCAAUCCUCAACUCAUCAUCCGCUGGCCUACCGGGCUCCUACGAGGCCUUCAAGGGAGUUUCGCUCGAACCGCACGUGCUCUUCGUAGCCUGCAUCUACCACGACCUGAGCACCAUCGAAAAGUACGACAACAACCCAAAGCGCUUCGAAAUUGUCGCCGCCGAUGAAGCAGUAGCUCUCCUCCUUCGCCACGGUGAGUCCGAAGCCGUCGCACGAGAAGCAUGGCUGGCCAUGUCUCUGCACACGACUCCAGGGAUCCCAGAGAAUCUUGGAGGAGCCGUGCAAGCCCUGCGGCUGGGCAUCAAGACAGAGUUUCGCGGUUACAAUCUGGAGGAGAGGGUACUCUCGGGGGAGCAGUGGAGGAUUGUGAGGGAAGAUUUGCCGCGUCUUGAUAUUGAAAAGGACUUGUCGGAUGCGGUUGUUCGACAGGCGCUCGCUACGGAGGAGAAGGCGCCGAGGAUGAGUUGGGCGGGAGAGCUUCUGAAGUGGAAGAAGGCGAAUCCGGACUAUCAGGGCGCAAAUCAAGCCUUUUGA